AUGGCUGUCGAGCAAGCGCGCCAGAGGCAACAACAGCUCACUAACGUACUCGUAGUCGGCGGAAAUGCCGUCUCUGCCUUCAUGUCAUGGAGACUCUCGGCGACCAACGCAUGCGAUGUCACUCUCGUCUGGAAGAACGGCUUUGAGAACGUGUCGCAGUACGGCCUGUCGUUCAAGUAA